AUGCAUGACUACAUCAAUGCUAAAGACACUGAGCUUUGGGACGUGGUUCUUGAUGGACCUUACAUUCCCACAAGAGAGGAAUACAAUGAAACGGACAAGAAGAAGAUAGAGAAGAACUAUAAACCGAAGAAGAUUUUGGUAUGUGGAAUUGGCUCAGACGAGUACAACAAAAUCUCUGCUUGCGAGACAACCAAAGAGAUAUGGGAUUGUCUCAAAACAUCCCAUGAGGGAACGACACAAGUGAAAGAGUCUAAGGUCUAUAUGUUUACGACUCAAUAUGAGAACUUCUGUAUAAAGGAAGGUGAAACCAUUCACGAGAUAAAUUCAAGGUUCACUUCCAUAACCAACGAACUGAGAUGGCUUGGCGAGCCUAUUUCACCAAGCAAACAAGUUCAAAAGAUUCUCAAAGUGCUUCCCAAGUCAUGGGAGAGUAAAAUGAAUGCUAUAACUGAAGAAAAAGAUCUGAAGGUGCUCACCAUGGAUGAACUGAUUGGAAAUCUCCAAACUGUAACGACCCUAAAAUCUAGUAGGUGA